UGGUUGGUGCUCCAAUUCUGAUAGUUUCGUGCACUUGAUAGCCAUGGUGCUCUUUAUUUCUAUUCAGAAUUUAGUAGGUUUUCCUUACCGAAUAUACUAAAUUCAUAAAGGGGAUGGCCCGUACUAUAGCAUUUGCUGUUCAGUCGCGCUACGAUACGUCCAAAAACGCCGUAGAUGAACGUUAUACUUGUCCGAGUACAAACUAGAUUUUUUCGUAUUAGUAUUAAUAAUUUCUAAAGAUACUUACGGAUUGAUGAGAAAGUGGAACCGAUGAUUACAUUCAUCAAUUACUUUUGUUAAGACUUAUAAGACGUAACGUUAGUGGGCAGAAAAAUCAUACAUUAUGGCGUGGCUUGGAGCUAUUGCUGGAACAGUACUUCGUAAUUAUGUCUUUACGGAAACUGCUCCAAAUGUCGUACUGGAAGUAAAGCCAGAUCAGUAUAGCGACAGGCAUAUUCACUGCCGCGAGGACAGUGUUAUCCUUUAUAAACCUGGACUAAAGAAGAAUAAUAUAUAUGAGCUAGUGCUGCACAGACCAUGCACCGAAACCUUGAAUCAUUCAUACAGUUUGUAUCGCACAAGUGAUGUAUACGAAGCUGAAAAUCGUUUUAUAAUAUACAAAGAUAAGAUUCCUAUUCUGAUUGAGAUAUCUCAAGAGAUAUGCAAUGUAGGCAAAAUACAGAAACUUUGCGAUACUCUCAGUGAACAUCCAACAUGGACCCUAGCUCAUGUGGCAGCACAUUUAGCUCUUUACGAUGCAUUCAACCAUGCCGCUGUAAAUAGUCAAUUAAAUAGUUCUGAUUCUGAAACUGGAAUGUCUCCCUUGCAAGUUGCUGUACAAACCAAUAAUCUACGUACUGUACAAAUGUUGAUUGCUGCGAAGAGCUCCCUUGAACACUUGGAUUAUAAAGCUAACACAGUGUACCAUUAUGCAGCUGGAUCGACUAAAGAAAUAAUUAUGGCAUUGGGCGGCGGCCUUCCAAAUAGUUUAAAUAGUAAAAAUAGCGAUGGAUACACACCCAUGCAUAUAGCUUGCCGCGAGGAUAAGCCCGAUUGUGUCAAGGCUUUAAUGCUGAUAGGAGCUGACGUUAAUAUUCAAGCUUCCGAAGGAGCUGCAACAAGUCCCGGAUACGUCGGAGAUUUUCUGCAUAGUCAACCGAACGUCUUUCAUGCUCAAGAUAUGAAAUAUGGUGGAACACCACUGCACUGGUCGCGCAGCAGAGCAGUGAUAAAUACUUUAAUCGAAAUGAAUUGUGACGUGGAUGCACUUAAUUUUGAAGGUCGUAGUGCACUCCACGUUAUGGUGGUCAGACAGAGGUUGGAGUGCGUUGUGGCGUUACUCAGUCACAUGGCAAGUGUAAAUAUUAUGGAUAACAAUGGAAAUACUCCACUGCACUUGGCUGUGACAGAAUCGACACCAGAAAUAGUUAAAAUGUUGAUUGGUUUCGGAGCGGAAAUAGACGCAAGAAAUUAUCAGAAUGAAUCGCCACGACAUCUAGUUUUAUUGAACAAUACCGACGGCCACAAAAUCUUGUAUCUUCUACACGCAGUGGGAGCGCGACGAUGUCCUGGGGAGAUGCAAAACUGUCACGUUGGCUGUUCAAGUAAAGAAGAAUACGACGGUAUCGCGCCACCUGAGCCACCAAGCUCUGUUCCAAGGACAAUGCUAGAUCAGAUGCUCUACGUUUCCAGUAUGGAGAAGAUGGCUUUGAGGAAGAAUCUCAAGAUAAAGGGCGGAAGACUGCUCUGUUUAGACGGCGGCGGAAUACGUGGAUUGGUCUUAGUACAAACACUGUUGGAAAUCGAGUCGGUGAUUGGCAAACCGGUGACUCAGUGCUUCGACUGGAUUGCAGGAACGUCUACGGGUGGUAUCCUGGCACUCGGCCUGGCAGCUGGGAAAAGUCUUCGCGAAUGUCAAGCCAUAUACUUCCGGAUGAAGGACGAAGGCUUCGUAGGCUCGCGACCCUAUGCAAGCGAACCAUUAGAAGCUAUCCUAAAGCAAUGUCUGGGCACAAGUACCGUAAUGGCGCACAUCAAGAAUCCUAAGUUAAUAAUAACAGGUGUCUUGGCAGAUAGGAAACCAGUGGAUCUGCACAUUUUUAGAAACUAUGAAUCUCCUAGUUCCAUCUUAAAAAUUCCUCCAAGUACCAAGUUCAAGCCGACAUUGCCACCAGAGGAACAGCUUCUUUGGAAAGCAGCAAGAGCCACGGGAGCAGCGCCAUCUUACUUUAGAGCCUUUGGACGUUUUGUGGACGGAGGUCUAAUAGCAAACAAUCCCACCCUAGAUGCAAUGACGGAAAUUCACGAGUAUAAUCUAGCUUUGGAAGCCAGUGGUCGUCCCGAGAAAGCAGUGCCAUUGUCCCUGGUAGUAUCUCUUGGAACAGGUCUAGUUCCGGUAACACCCUUAGCAGAACUCGACACAUUCCGCCCAGAGAGUAUCUGGGAUGGUGCAAAACUGGCGCUGGGAAUAACGACACUGGGACAGGUGUUGGUUGACCAAGCUACCGCGAGUGACGGCAGAGUUGUCGACCGCGCUAGAACCUGGUGCUCGAUGAUAGCAGUACCGUAUUAUCGAUUUAGUCCACAACUAUCUACCGAUGUCAAAAUGGAUGAGAAGAACGAUAAAAUCAUAGCAGACAUGAUCUGGACCGCGAAGGCUUUCAUGCAUGCUAACAGGGACAGCGUUAAAGAAUUGGCAGAUAUUCUUGCCAGAGAAUCGAGUACCUGUCCCGAACAAAAAAUUGAAUAAUUGUAUCUAAAUCAUUCAUAUUAUAUGCCAAUAUGUACCUAUAAUAUUGAUAUUUGUUAAAAUCAUGAAAUAUGCAUAAUGACCGUUUGAAUAGUAACGCUGUAGUAGAGAUUAUAUAUUUAUUACAAAUUUCGUGGGAAGUAAAUGUUCUGAUGAUUCAGAUUAUUGGGUAUUAGUCCAAUAUGUAUGAGAUUCUGAUUCUAUUAUGUUUGAUCAAUUAUAUAUUUAUUUCAUUUUAA